AGCGAGGGCUGCAUCCCUCAGCUAUCGAUUUACUGCUCCUUUCUCUAGAAACAAUCUCUCUUCGCGACGCCUACCGCAGCUACCAACUGGACUCGCGAUCAUGUCGAUUUUGGGUGCCAUCGUGCGACCCCUAGCUUAUGUUUCGGUCCCAUUCUUCCUCAUAAAUGCACUCGCAAAUUCUGAUCCUACCGUGAAGUACUAUGUCCGCCUCGGGCUCUACCUCUCUACCCUGGGCUUGUGCUCCGUCUGGGGCGCGAUGGUCGCCGUCGGGAUGUCUCUCGUCGGCCGACGAUUCGACGUGAACUACGUCACCGCCAGGAGCUUCUACCACCUUUCAAGUAGGGUGCUCGGGAUCAAGUUCGUGGUGGAGGGCGAGGAGCAUCUGGACACGCGUCCGGCGGUCCUCGUGGGGAAUCAUCAGAGCAUGCUGGAUAUCAUUUAUCUGGGAAGGAUCUUUCCGAAACGGACGAGUAUCAUGGCGAAGAAGGAACUGCAAUGGACGCCGUUAUUGGGGCAGUACAUGUCGCUGUCAGGAGCAGUCUUUGUGGAUCGGGGAAAUAAUGCGAAGGCAGUACAAUCGUUAACGGAAGCUGGGGAGAUCAUGAAGGCGAGACAUACGAGUUUAUGGUUGUUCCCUGAAGGGACGAGGUCCAUGAGGGAGUACCACGACAUGUUACCGUUCAAGAAAGGUGCAUUCCACCUGGCAGUGCAGGCUGGUGUCCCGAUCGUCCCCGUUGUAUGUGAAAACUAUUGGAGGUUAUACCGCAAGGGCGUUAUCGGGUCGGGAACCUUGAAGAUUAAGGUGCUGCCGCCUGUGCCCACAACAGGUCUCACGACAGUAGACAUACCAGACCUCGUCAACCGAGUCCGGGAUCAGAUGGUCGCGACAUUACGCGAAAUCUCAGUCCCCGUCCCACCAUCUGCGUAUCCGGAAGCCAAGACAGAACAGGUGCAGCCUUCUCAGCAAGAAGAACGCAAUUCUGUUGACCAGCCCGUUCCGCCGGCGCCAACAGAGCCCGAUCCUGAGACCCCGGCGGAGAGCACAAGCCAGCACUCUUCCUCUGCGUCGGAAAGCGGAAGUUCUGUCCGGAGACCGGAGGGAAGUGAGAACGGGGCCGAAACGGAGGAGGACGAAGGAAUGGUGCUGGUUGGACGACCCGCACAGCGUGCGGCUUGGGAGAGUUGAGGUCAUGCGUAGAGGAUGUUCGGGUCCAAGCAGUAGUCCUCUUGCUAAGUUCUAUACACCUAAUCUACCGCUCCUGUGACAUUGGGAUCGAAUUGCUAGCUUUCACGUCGGACAUGGGUACAGGCCAAUUUAUAACGCAUCAGUCAAGUCUGGAUACUUAGGAGGUCGUCUUUUAGCGCCC